AUGAUUCUAUUAAUUGGAUUUCUUCUCCUUGCCUAUGUCGCUUACCAAUUAUAUCAACAUUUCAAUCCUGCGCCUAACGUAGAUCCUAAAGGUAAAUAUGUUCUGAUCAGUGGUUGUGACACUGGCUUUGGCAAUGGACUUGCUAUCGAACUUGAUAAACAAGGAUAUAAUGUUCUGGCUGGUGUUUACAGUCCCGAUAGUGUAACUACAUUGACCAGUCAAUUAUCAACAAAAGCGACGGUUUUUCAACUUGACAUUACAAAAAAAGAAUCUAUUGAGUCGGCAUAUGAAUUAGUUGCAGCGAAGACAAAAACUCUUCAUGCUUUAGUGAACAAUGCUGGUGUUUCUACAGGUGGACACGUGGAUUGGAUUACAACAGAAUCUAUGCGUCGAAUCAUGGACAUUAACUUUUUUGGACACGUUGACAUGACUAAAACAUUCUUACCCUUAUUAAUUGCAAGACGAGGCUCCCGUGUUAUCAAUAUCUGUUCAAUUGCAGGUUUCAUCAGUCCACCAUCAGGCUCAGCCUAUUGCGCUUCGAAAUACGCACUGGAAUCCUUCUCAGACUGCCUUCGUCGUGAAAUGUUUUCAUGGGGUUUACAUGUUAGUAUCAUUGAGCCAGGCAUCAUGCGCACUGCAAUCGUUCAAAAACAUACUCAAGCUGUGCGGGACGUUUUCACGCAAUGGUCACCUGGUGCAAAAGAACGAUGGGGUGAAGAAUAUUGUAAAAGUUAUUUGAAAAAAAUGGCGGAGAAUCCUUUGCUGAGAAAUGCCGAGGAUCCAAUCAAAGUGGUGAGAGCAUUGGAGCACGCAGUUUCCAGUACAGUCCCAUGCAUUCGCUAUAAGCCUGGUUGGCAAUCAAAAUUUGUUUACUAUCCUUUGUCAUUACUUCCAGCUUGGUUAGCCGAUAUGUAUUUUGUCAAAACGCGUGUCUUGGACGUUGCACCUGUUGGUAUGAAGAACCAAUUUUAA